ACCAACUUAAGAAUUAACUAUCCUUCUACCCGAUGCAUGUAUUUUAUUGUAUAUUGUAUUGUUCGUGGCAUAACUUUCAGCCUUUCGUUGUUUCAAAAUCCUUUUUUUUUCUAUCUAAAAGGUUUUUGUAAGGUUUUUUUUCCUACAAGCUCUAAUAAAUUUUGUACGGUAUUUAGACCAUAGCUAAACUAUGCGGAGACAAUGUAAAAUUCCGUAGUUUAGAUUUACCCAAACAAAAAUGGCAGAUGUUAUAGACGUGGAAGAUGAAAAUAUUUUAACUGGUAUCUUUAAAGAUUCCUUUCCAGCGAUUUCUGAUUAACCGGAAGUGGAACUAAUUCUACUUUAAAUUUUUCAAAAGCCUAUAACUUGAGUUCUGUUUUAGAUAGCCAAAUGAAAUUUCAUAUUUCAUUUAUAAGAAGCAGCAUGGGAGAGGCAACUGGUGAUUUAGAUUUACAGUCUGAUGAGUUUAAAGAAUUUUCAAAUUCUGAAGAUGUGAAGCCACUUCUAUCUACAGUAUUUUCAUCUUCUUCUGACAUAAAAACAGAAUUAUCAUUUUUAACUUUCCGUGAUAUCAAACCUAGCUUGACAUUUAUAGCUUCACAGGAUGAUAAAACCGUUGUUACGCCAGAUUUUUCAUCUUCUACAGACACAAAGUCAGAAUGUACAACAUUUUCCUCUUUUGAUGAUGUAAAACACCAUAAGACAUUUCUAACUUCUCAAGAUAAAACAACAGGAUUUUUAAUUUUUAAAGAUAUGGAACCUGCUGUAUCAGCAGUAUGUACAAGAUCUGAAGAUAUAAAACCAGAAUUAGAAACUUUAUCAACCAACACAGAAUUAGAAAUUUUAUCAACUACUGAAGAUACAAAUCCAGAAUUAGAAAAUACAUCAACUAGUGAAGAUCUAAAACAAGAAUUAGAAACUUUAUCAACCAACAUAGAUAUAAAUCCAGAUUUAUGGACAAAAUUUUUAGAUUCUGAGGACAAACAACAAAAUGGACUUGAAGAAAAGCUAAAACUCUCUGAAAACAAAACAUAUCUCUCUGAUGAUCGUCAUGAACAGUUUUUUCCAAGUUCUAACUUGAAUAACCAAGCUGAAGCAGGGGAGAGGCCACUUGAAUGUGAUGCUUGCAAUAAAAUGUUUUCAGAUAGUUCUAGGUUAAUUAAACAUAAAGAAGUUCAUUCAGGGGAUAAGCCAUAUGAAUGUGAUGAUUGUCAUAAAAAGUUUUCUAAUAGUUCUGCUCUAAGCAGCCACAAAAAAAUUCAUUUACUAGUUAGACAUUAUGAAUGUGAUGUUUGUCACAAAAGGUUUUCAAGGAAUUCUGGUUUAGCGGAACACAAAAAAAUUCAUUUAGUAGUUAAGCCUUAUGAAUGUGAUGUUUGUCAUAAAAAGUUUUCUAAAAGUUCUACUCUAAGCAACCACAAAAAAAUUCAUUUACUAGUUAGACAUUAUGAAUGUGAUGUUUGUCACAAAAGGUUUUCUCAGAGGGCUAGUUUAUAUACACACAAACAAGUUCAUUCAGGAGUUAAACCAUUUGAAUGUGAUGUUUGUCAUAAAAAGUUUUCUCGGAGUUCUAAUUUAUAUACACACAAAAGAGUUCAUUCAGAAGGUAAACCAUUUGAAUGUGAUGUUUGUAAUAAAAAGUUUUCUCAGAGUUCUUAUUUAUAUACACACAAACAAGUUCAUUCAGAAGAUAAACCAUUUGAAUGUGAUGUUUGUCAUAAAAAGUUUUCUCAGAGUUUUAGUUUAUAUAGACACAAAAGAGUUCAUUCAGAAGAUAAACCAUUUGAAUGUGAUGUUUGUCAUAAAAAGUUUUCUCAGAGUUCUAAUUUAUAUGCACACAAAAGAGUUCAUUCAGGAGAUAAACCAUUUGAAUGUGAUGUUUGUCAAAAAAAGUUUUCUCAGCGUUCUAAUUUAUAUGCACACAAACAAGUUCAUUCAGAAGAUAAACCAUUUGAAUGUGAUGUUUGUCAUAAAAAGUUUUCAUCUAGUUCUUAUUUAAGGAAACAUAGAAAAGUUCAUACUGGAGAUAAAUCACGUGAAUGUGAUGAUUGCCCGAAAUAUUUUUCUGAAAUAAAGACUCCCGACAUAUAGGCUCCCGAUAUAAGGGCUCAAGAUAAGGGCUCCCGGCAAUUGGGCUCCCAAAAUAUUGGCUUUUGAUUAAAUGACUCUCGACAUAUUGGCUCCAGACCAAUGAAUUGCAUGACCACUAUUAGCAUAAAAGUAACAAUUUUGUCUUACCUCUAAUACCACUAUAAACUCUUUUAAAUGCCUGAAUGAACCAACAAAGCGAGCCCUUAACAGCUAAAUUUCACCAAUUCUAAAGUUUUGAUAAUGUUUAAUUUACAACAGAAAAGAUCUGUUGCUUAAAAGCGAGCACAGAAGUGUAAAUGUAUGAUAUGAAUGAUGUUUACAUGAUAACAGCAUUUUGUUUUGAUAACCUACAAGCAUACUGGAGGUAGGAAGGUACAGCGUGGACCCUUAUCCCUACACACUGAGUUGGAACAGCUUAUAACCGACUCAAUUAUGGAUGUCAUAGAUAGAUGACCCUUAUUAAAACAUACUAUAUUUUAUAAUAGAUAAACUAAUAUAAAAAUAAGGCCUGCCGAACAAGAGAUGCAUACGUUGUGUUACAUAAAAGUGUUAGAUAAGCUAACUCUAAAGAACAUUUAAAGGGGUCCCACUGGCAUUUGUCAUAUUCAAUGAGACUGCUUUGCCGGGAGACUUAGUCUCUACAGAAACUUUAUUGUCAGUAGUCCUUUUGUCUGGAGCCAAAUUGACAGGAGCCUUUUUGUCGUGAGCCAAAAUGACGCUAGCCUAUUUGUCGGGAGUCGUAAUGACGAGGGCCUAUUUGUUAGGAGCCUAUAUAACGGUAGCCUAAAUGACGGGAGCCUAUAUGACGGGGUCCUUGUGUCGCUGGCCCUUUUGACGGGGCCAAUUUGCCGGAGUCGUUUUGACGGGGCCGUUUUGUCAAUGACCGCUUUGACGCCGCACGAGGACCCAUUAGUGUAAAAAAAAAAAACAUAGUUGCCCCAUAUAGCCUAUAUA